GCAGAGCUCUGAAUCACCAGCAGAAGCCCGAUCCUGCAGCAGAACAGAAACAGGGCAUCAGUCACAGAGAGGGAGAGGAAAAACAUUUGUAUUGUUUGAGAUCAGAAAUUCAAGCUGGCAGCAGACGAGACACAAACCUUGCUGGAGGAGGAAGAGGCCAAUGUGGUGCAGGCCAAUGAAGAACCAGCAGGCAAGGAGAACCCACGGGGAACCGUGGUGCGUGUGGAGCUUGAAUGGGAACUCCCCAUGUCCGUGGAUCUGCCCAUAGAGGUGCAGCCCGACCCGGCACACCAGCCGUUCCCCUUCCUAGACACCACACUGGCCGACCUGGGCAUCCAAGAGUCAGAGGUGAAGGAGAGGGUGGUGUGGGUGGACACCAAGAAGACCCAGGUAAAGAACAAGGCAGGGAAGCUGAAGGAGAAAGAGAUCACUAUCCUCGAGGUGAGAGUGAAAGCCCAGAAGCCCGGAGAAAAACAGCUGCAGGAGGUGCUGUACAGCACGGAGUCCCACACUGACCGCUCCUUCUGCCGCACAGGGAUGAAUAUCCUGCCUUGGAAAAGCGGAGGCACAGCGGAUAACGCACUGACAGCGGUGCAGAUGACUUUGGCAUUGGACAUGGAAAACAAGCAGCCUGACAUUACUGAGGCCCAGGACCAACGGGAGAUCUGAGGAGGAGCAAUGAGUCACCAGAAUCCAACCAGAGAGCAAGUUAAUGUCAAUCCACCAACGUUAAUGUGCAUCUACUCCACGCCAAAGCACUUUUUGUAACUCGGUUUUUAUCCUAAGAUGCAAGUUAGCAUUUAUUUAGAGGAUUCAAAGUGUUAUAGUUUCUUUUUAUAGCGAGGCGAGGAGGAGUGGCUCGACAUCGACUGCACAGCAUGCAUUGUAGCAUCACGUUAAAUGUUUGUAAAAAUAUAUUGCACUUCAAAAUAAUGUUGUAGUAUACUGUUAAAUAGUUUCAACAGGCUGCUUAGAAUUAGCACUGAGACUGCUGCACAGUCACAGGCCGAGCUAUAAUACAGUGUGAACUAUUAGCUUAGUAUCUUCGUCGUAUUAACCGCUGUAUUUGCCAGAGUUCCCCAUGAGCAGAUAUAUCGCUACAAGAGACAAUAGGGAUCAAGAGUUUAAAGUGAACUGAAUUACGCUGAAAGAUUGGAACAAAUAAUUACAUUUAUCAGCAGAUCAAUGCUUCACACUCAGAUAGCAGAAGCCAGAAGUCCAAACAGUGGCAGAAAGGGGACAGUCAUUUAUAGGAGAAGCACUUUACAGUAAUAACAGGGAAACCAAUUACAAUGGCAACAACACGGGAGGGUAAACAGUAACUCUUGAAAUAAAACUUCAACACAUCCUGCGUGCUAGGUGUAAAUGUCAAAUGUAAUUCUAACGACAAUGGUUGAAGUGCUAUAUUCAAAUCAUUUUUUGGAGAAGUCACAAAUAUCUGUCCCUACGUUCCACCUACAGUGUAAAAGUGUUUGUUUUUUUUGCUGGCUUUUGACACGAGUGGAAGGAUGUGUGUGCGCUAUGAGGCAGAGAUGGCUGCACUGAGUGUUGCCUGCUGCUCUACAGGAAGUGAGGUCACAGCUGCUUGGAAGUCUGCAGAGUGGUGCUGAGCAAAUUCCUUUAUCAGCUGGGCCAACGUGAUCUGGGUUUCUGAAGAGAGACAAAAUAAAAGUUAAGGAAUGAUUGAAAAACACAUUUAUAUGCUAACAGCAAUAUCAAUCAGCGGUGACUGACUGAGGAAGACUGAUGAGGGACAUUAUCUAACUUCACCUUGAUCGACUUUGUUGUUGCCAAGAACAUGAGUGGAAGCAGCAACUAUGGGCUUCAUCAGCUUCAAAACCUGAAAGGGGAAAAAAGAUGAAAAGAAUUGUGGUUACGAUGUUCAAUGGAAGUGUCCAAGUCCGGGGCCAAGUUCACACAAUGUCUGAAAAGAUUCAUCACCAUUUAUCUUUGAAGCUCGUUAAACAGAUUGUAAACGACUGAAUCAAAUGUGUUUGAUAAUCCUAUUUUAAAUGAGUAUGUUU